AUGAAAUAUUCAGCAUUUGUGUUGGCGAUUUUGUCGGCCAUACCGACGUGUACGUGUGAUGGAAAUACUCUGAAUAUUGGUAUAAUUUAUGACAAUGAACUGGGAAUAUCUGGAGAAGCUUUGAUGAGACGAUUCGAUGAGUUGAGUGCCAAAAUGGAAUAUUAUGCUGAUUAUCCGAUCAGAAAUUUUUCUCUGCCAAGCCCACCUGCAUUAAACAUAACUGUAAAUGAAUUUACAGUUGGUCAAGUCUGCAACUUAAUCGAGAGGAAUGUGCAUGUGAUCAUCAGCCUGACCACCUGCUCGGUGGCACAGUUAAUCGAAUCACAAACUUCACCACACAGAAUAACACAUGUGGCUAUCCCCAGACCAGCAUGCUCUAAAGAUUCCAUCGAUUCGAGUGCACUGUCAGCCUCAACAACAAUAUGGAUUCAACCAACACCUGAGCAUACAAGCAGAGCGAUAUACGAAUUAA